AUGGCGAACAAUGAACCAAUAACAUCUGUUCAAACAAAUACACAAGCUAAUGCUAAACUUAUAUCAAACUUUUCCGAGGAUGCAGGUGCAAAUCGACGUAUAAACAUGCAAAGAAUGCAAAAUGCCAUCUCAAUUAGCUUUGCGGCACCAAACAAGAAAUUGGAUCAAUUAGAUCCAUCAUUUAUGUAUACUCAGAUCUUGAAAGAGAUCUUAUUAACCAUCAAAUUCGAAGAUAAACAUUUCAAAGAAUUUAUUACCUAUUGUCGUGAAAAACGUGUCAAAAAUGAUAUUCCUUUACGUAAAAUUGAAGAAUUAGAACGUGACUAUCGUGAUCAAAAACCGAUUUGGUGGUAUACUUCUCAAUAUUUUUUACAUUCUAUGCUCAAUCAAGCAUUAAGAUUAAUGGAUGUUGAUAUUAUUCUUCGAAUGGGUUUCUUUAUUAAUGAUCUACAUCGUGAUAUUCAACAACUCCAUUCAGAACAAUUUGAUGAUCAACAAUCUGAUAAAACAUUUACAGUUUAUCGUGGACAAUUUCUUUCAAAAGAAGAUUUUACCGAAAUGAAUAAAACCAAAGGUGGACUUCUUUCAUUUAAUAACUUUCUAUCAACUAGUAAAAAUCCUGAUGUCUCUCUCUUAUUUACACCACAAGCCGCUACAAAUCCUGAUUCUGUUGGAAUUCUAUUUGUUAUAUCAAUUAAUCCUUCUCAUUCAACAAUUCCAUUUGCUUCUAUUACAAAGGUUAGCAAUUUUACUGACGAAGAAGAAGUUCUCUUUUCUAUGCAUAGCAUUUUUCGUAUUGGAGAUAUUAAACUAACGGAAGAAAACAACCAUGUUUACGAAGUGAAUUUAACAUUGACCAAUGACAACGACCAAGAUCUUCGUAUUCUUACUGAUCGUUUCCGGCACGAGACCUAUCCAAAUUCAGCAGGACAGAACAGAAUAGGAUCACUGUUGAUUAAAAUGGGUCAGUUUAACAAGGCUCAAGAAGUUUUUGAAGUUUUACUUUAUCAAACAAUAAAUGAGCGUGAUAAGGCACCGAUUUUAUUAUAA